GGCAUCUAUUAACAUAGUAGAUCUAGAUCCAUGUUCCAUGCUCAUUCAUUAUUCAUAACAAAGUGUAGGGGGUAAUUCCGACCAGAGGAAUACUACUCUGUCAAUUAUCUUAAUUUCAACAGUGUGAUAUAUUAAUAGGAACUUUCAGAAAUUCGCUUCCUACAACAAAAAAAGAACGAUAUGGCAACGGGAGUCGCCCCAACAGUCACUUUGAAUAAUGGAAGACAAAUGCCCCAGUUAGGUUUGGGAACUUGGUUGUCUCUGGAAGGCGAAGCGAAGGAAGCCGUAAAGUACGCCAUAGACAUCGGCUACCGCCACAUUGACUGCGCCAUGCUGUAUGGCAACGAAAAAGAAAUCGGGGAAGCAGUCAGGGAGAAAAUAGCUGAUGGCACCGUCAAACGAGAAGACCUCUUCAUCACCACGAAGCUGUGGAACAUGUUCCACGAGUACGAGCAAGUAGUGCCGACCUGCAAAAAGUCUCUCGAGAACCUGGGUUUAGACUACGUCGAUUUGUACCUCAUCCACUGGCCGGUGGCUCAGAAGUUGACUGAAAUAGAUCCGCUAAAUCCAUUCGGCCUAGGUAAUGCAGUCAUCAUCAAGCACGAUUUCACAGAAACCUGGAAGGGUAUGGAGGAGUGCGUUAGGCUAGGCUUGACCAAGAGCAUCGGACUGUCGAACUUCAACAGUGUGCAAGUCUUGAGGAUUUUGGACGUGGCGAAGAUAAUGCCAGUUACAAAUCAGAUCGAAGUGAAUCCCCAUCUGAAUCAGAAAAAACUCAUUAAGUUCUGUAAAGAUCGCAAUAUCGUCAUCACAGCCUAUAGUCCAUUUGGUUCCCCAGCGAGGACAUGGGCCAAGCCAGGACAACCAGAGAUAGCGUUCGAUCAUCCUACUUUCGUUAAGAUUGGGGAAAAAUACGGAAAGACUUCGUCGCAGGUGAUUUUGCGUUACCUUAUAGAUAUUGGAACUGUCCCCAUACCUAAAUCAACGAAUAAAGAGAGAUUGAAAUUGAAUUUGCACGUUUUCGACUUCAAACUGGACGAGGACGAUAUUUCAGCCAUAGAUGCCAUGAAUAUGGACCAUAGAGCAGUACAUGCCCUGGAUCUUGUUGAGUCCGACGAUUAUCCUUUCAAAAAUGUUGAAUUUUGAAGAAACAUCAAUAAGUCUACAGUAUAUAAUAAGACAGGAAUAACGUA